CGGAAGUGCGCAUGCGCGUGUUCCUCUGUCAGUCCCCGGCCAGAGAGAGGGUGCUGUGUGUGGUUGGGCUAUGCUGCUGCUAUAGAGCACUGAUUGAUUAUAUUUUUAUUAUAUGCACUGCUAGGGUCUGCAUGCUGGAUAUGCUUUUUGUUUGUGAUAAACUUUAUUUGUUUUACUUGCCUCCAUCCUUUUAUUCUAUCCCUGUUAAGUAAUGUCCUUUUAACUCCUUACCCUUUCCCAUUACUUGCACUGUAUUUCUCUGAUUUAGUUAUUGCAUCUGGCACUUACUCUUUUUUUAAAAAAUUUUUUAUUUGUGUAUAUAUAUAUAUUUUUUUACAUUUAAACUUAAUGAUUAAUUUAAGUCACUUCCCAUUUUCAUUUCUAAACUAAACUUCUUACUUGGUAGUCAAUGCCCAUCUCUUAUAUUAACUUGCCCCAGUGCUCCCUUUACUAUUACAUUAUAACCCUGCUGCAGCCUCCAUAACUACCACAGCUUCUAUAGUUUGUUACACUAGAUGCCAUAAAUUGUCACCCUAUUUGCUGGUCUUAUUUUGUUUAUUUACCCCCUUGCUGCUCCUUUGACUGCUGAAUUCCACAUUUUGUUAGCCCAUUUCCUUCUGCCAUGCGUGUGUCUUUGCCCUGGAAAAUUGCUGCUGGCCUUCUGGUUAACCUGCUCUCGUCCAUCUGUAUUGUGUUCGUGAACAAGUGGAUUUACAUACAUUAUGGCUUCCCCAACAUGAGCCUCACCUUGGUGCACUUUGUGGUUACUUGGCUGGGACUGUAUAUUUGUCAAACAUUCGGGGUCUUCUGCCCCAAGAGCCUUCCUGCCUCCAAGGUGCUGCUUCUAGCGCUGAGCUUCUGUGGGUUUGUGGUCUUCACCAACCUGUCGCUUCAGAACAACACCAUAGGUACCUACCAACUGGCAAAGGUCAUGACUACCCCUGUCAUCAUCCUCAUACAGACUCUUUGGUACGGGAAGUCCUUUAACCUCAAGACCAAGCUCACUUUGGUGAGUCCAACCUCAUUCCAUAUAUUCACAAGGCAACACCUCCAUUUGUGGCUGUAAAUACAUUUUGUGUUUUAUCAUAUUUUAAUCACUGUGCCUUUUUUGCUUGCCUUUUUUCGUUAAAUAUAUUGGUGCGUUUUGGAGUAUAUUUUUUCAUAGGACUUGUCAGCUGUGAAUGUUUUCUGCUAGACAUGUGACAGUGUUUGGAUUAAUCUAUUGCUUACUGAACGCUGCUAUACAUGCAUUAUUGCUAGCAGGUUUAUUCACUAAAAAGUGUGUGACUGAGCUAUAAGGACAAACUAGCAGAGCUUGAAAAUUGCAUGUUUCUAGCCUGAAAUGUAAAAAAAAUGUGACCAAUGCCAGAGAAUUCACAUUGAAGUUAUCUUGUUGGUAUUCUAAGUAAUAAGCCUUUUUUCCGUGAUGAUUUCACAAACUUCAUUAAGUUUGCACCCUUAGUAAUCAUCGGUAGAAAGAGGAUCCAGGCACUCCAAGUAUCUUCAGUUGUAUUUAUUAAGACAAGUGAGACACCGCAACAUUUUGACCCCUGAAAGGCUCUUUGUCAAGCUUGACAAAGACCCUUUCAGGGGUCGAAACGUUGUAGUGUUUAAUUUUGCCCUAAUAAAUAAAACUGAAGAUACUUGGAGUGCCUGGAUCCUCUUUCUACCACUGAUAUCUGCUCCCUGGGGCUUGUGCUGGCUCUUGGUCCAGUUUAGCACCCGGAUCUUCACGUGAUUGGAAUGUGGUUAAUUUUUCUCUUUUUGCACCCUUAGUAAUAUCGCUAACAAUAAUUAACUACAAAUAUUAACUACAAAUAUGUUGAACUGAAGUAGUAUUGCCACAAGGAACUUGGGGAAACAAUGAAAUGAUACCACAGGCUCUUCAGACCCCACUAAGGGCUCUAACCUAGGUCAAAAUAAUUUUCAAAGACCCCAGGAAGUGACAUGCCCAUUUGAUGUGCUGAGCUUCAGGUAAAAAGCUUAAGUAAAAUAUACAUCUUGUUGGUUUUGUCUUCAGCUCCUGUUAUUCUGUCGUGUGUGCAAAAAGUACAGAAAUGCUUGAUGGAACAUCCUGCAAGACUGCAGGACCCUCAAAAAACAUGUUGUGGAAUACUUUUUCAAAAUGGCAGAUACAGCAGAGCAUGGAUGACAAAAAGUGGCAUAAGGACAUCCAGCGUCAGAUUUUUCCUCAUAGUAAAGCAUUGAUUCAAUGCUUUCCUUUGGGGAGGUCUAAUGCAUGUGUGGCAUUUGCCGUGCAUGCACAUUAGGGCCCGCUUAUCAUGGGAUGGAGGAGUAGGUGUAGCCACUACCCAGCACCGAGGGACAUCGGUGCUGGAUUCAGGUAAGUAAAUAAAGGAUUUUUAACCCUUUAUUCACUGUCUGGGGGCACGUGCCAGGGUGGGGAGGCAGAUGGAGCUAUAGUGCCAGUAACCGCUUUGUAUUCCUGACACUUAUAGUAUCCCUUUUAGCACUAUUCUACUUUCUUAGUGGCCAUCUUAGCCAACUCAGUCAAUCAAGUAGGCCUUAUGGGUUCACUCCAUUACAGCCUGUAUAUUCUUUCCCUUAACUGUCCACCCCCUGCCUAUAGGUUGCUUAUAACUCUGUAUAAAGAGUAAACAGCAGACUGUCUUGAGUUUCUAUUUUUGAGGAGGUCUCAGUACCUUCAGGGACUCAUCUACUGAGGCCAAGGAGAUUGGACAAGAGUUUUUAACCACCAGUGUGCUACUUUAUAUCAGCUAUCCGUACACUUUACUUAAAAAUUAGAUGCUCAAAUAUUAAACAGUCCUAUAUUGAGAAAGUGGAGUGUGUGUGUUGUGGGGUUUUGUAUUUUUUAUUAGUGAUGUAUCACUGAAUGUCACUCAGGACAUAUUGGGGUGAUUGAUAGGAUGAUGGUAUCUAUAACCAGCUUUUGUUGUCUGUUAUUUUGGUGAAAUUCUAACUCUUCUCAUUUCCCUUCCAGGUACCGAUUACAUUAGGGGUGUUUCUUAACUCCUACUAUGACGUGAAGUUUAACAUGCUUGGCAUGGUCUUUGCAGCUCUUGGCGUUCUAGUGACUUCGCUUUAUCAAGUGGUUAGUAAUGUGCUAUCUUUCCUCUCUAUCACCCUUUUAAAUGGAGCACCGUUAUUGUAGCAAUGAAUAGCUGUCACAGAGACAUUAAAGGAACAAUCUAGCAUUGGGAAUACGUUUUGUAUUUCUAACGCUACACUGACCUGUUCGUGUUACCUCCUCUCCCUGUGUCAUCCGCAAAGAUACUUUUUUCUUACUUUUUUUUUAUGAUCUAUGAGGCUAUUGCACAUGCGCAGCAAAACAAUGAAUCUGCAGAGUCAAUGCAUCUCUAUGUGGAGUAUUCGACAUCUCCAUACAGAGUGUGGAGACUCUGAACAUAGGUCCUGCACACAUUGCAGAAAGUCUCUCGAGUAUUAGUGACAAUCACUGGAGAUGUACUAGGCAGCAAUGUAAACAGUGCCUUUGUUCUGAAAAGGCAGCGUUUACAAUGCUAGGCCUGCGGGUAAAUGCUACAGUGGUUAUAUACAGUUAGCUGUAGUGAUUCUGAUCCAUUUAAAUGUAUUUUACUACAUGCAAUAUUAUGGAAGAUUAACUAAUUAAAGGGACACUACAUGCACUAUUACUCCUACAGCGUAUUGUAAUGGGUAUGGUACUAGGUAGCUGUACAUGCUGUCCAUUGGGUUUUUGUCAAAAUAUUAUAUAACAUUAAUAAAAACCUAAAGUAUCCACAAGGCCCAAAGCUCAUCCCCUAACUUGUAAUAUCAUAAUCAAGAAAUCAAACUCAUUAUUAUCGAGUGGUUUUAUUGUGCAUGCAUUACGUGCAAACUCUGAGUACCGAGAGGUUGAAAGCACUGAGAUAGAGGACAAUUUAUUGUAGCCACUUAGCUGUUUGUUUCUUCUGCAUUGUUGACGUGUAAGCUGUCUUAUGUUCAUUUGGUUGCACAGAAAUGUCAAUUUGCAAUUACAUAGAUAUUGUGCUAAGUUAUAUUUGGUGGGUUUUUAUCAUUAAGUUACCCGGGGGAUCAAAGCACCCCAUUUAUAAAUUGUCUUGGUGGUGGCAGUGUUGAAAUAGUAAUAUUUAUAUUAUCAUGGUUAAGUGUCGGUGGUGUUAAGAGGGAUUUUGUGAUUAUUUCCAGUCUAGUGCAGACAAAUAGUGUACUUUAACCCUUUCACCACCACAACUACGUCACGCACACUCUUGAAGUAGGGUGCGUUCGUGACAAGAAAGAUUUAGCAUUGAACGUCUGUGGCAUUUGGGCACACCUCAAUUAAUCUUUUCCUCAAUCUCCAAGUGUAUAGAUCAAGUAGUCUGUGCUUACACCGUCAGUUCAGCUUAAAGGGAUGCUAUAGUCACCAGAACCACUGCAGCUUAUUGUAGUGGCUCUGGUGUCUAUAGUCUGUCCCUACAGGGUCAGCGAUGAAAACACUGCUAUUUUCGCUGCUGCCUAAUAACACCUCUAGUGGCAAUCAGUCAGGUGGACACUAGAAUGCUCCCCAUAGAGAUGCAUUGAUUACAUUUUACCGCUAAUGCGCAAUAGCCCCUAAAUGUUUUCCUAUUAGAUUGUGCGAGAUCAUCAAAAUUGAUGAUCUCAGCCAUGGAGGUGGGGCCACCUGCGACUAAACCAGCGUGGUCACGGAGGAAAAGUUUAAAUAUCUUUCACCUCCAUUCUUAGGUGGGCUGGGAAGCUAAAUAUGUUCUCCAGCACUAUAGUGUUAGGAAUGCAUGUUUGUAUCAGUAACACUAUAGUGUUCCUUUAGCAAUCUAGUCCUUAUAAUUUUUAUUGUUUUUAUUUAUUUGUGCUUGAAUGUUGAAAAGCUAAUUUGUGGUCAGUUACUCACCACCAUCUGUUGGCUAGACCAUGUAAUUGUAUACAUUAUAGUACAAAAUCUCCACUCCUAAAUGCAAUUAACUUCUGUCUAAUUACAUGCUUUUAUUUACAGUGGGUAGGAACUAAACAACACGAAUUACAGGUGAAUUCAAUGCAGUUGUUAUACUACCAGGCUCCAAUGUCCUCUGCCAUGCUGCUGUCUAUCGUACCUUUUUUUGAACCAGUUGUUGGAGAAGGGGGUAUAUUUGGACCAUGGUCUGUUACAGCCAUUGUAAGUUGUUGCUUCUUUGUUUUUAUGAAUAUUUUUGUAGAUGCCUUGAAUGAAGUUACAUGCCCCGCUUUCUAUCUUUUUAGGUGAUGGUACUAUUUUCUGGAGUUAUUGCUUUUACCGUCAAUCUAUCCAUUUAUUGGAUCAUUGGAAAUACCUCGCCAGUCACGUAUCCUUUUAUGCACAAUUUGAGUGGUGUGUAUUUAGGUUUGUUUGGAAUUACAAAGGCAGCUCCAAAACACACUGAAAGUAUAUGAAGAAAAAUGUGCAGUUGCUAAAUACUGUUAAUAUAUGUGUGAAAUGAAGAUGACCUAGUGACUGUCAUGUAUAUACCAUUUCUAAUCACCUUUUUCUGCGCAUUGGGUAAAAAACAACAACAUUUAGGUAAUGAGUGAUGAGAUCUCUGCACAAAGGAACUGUCAGUAAAAAUGUUCAAAAAGCAAACAUGACAGCUACGAUAAUGCUUCAUCUGUUAGGAUGCUUUGCCAGCUGGUAUAGCAUCAUGGAAGCUGUAGUUCAUCUACAGCUGUGGUUUACACCCCUGGUUUGCUCUCUGAAACAGAAGUGGCCAACUGAUGCUUUUGUUGGAUUCAGAAUUCAAUUCUAGUCAUUUGAUUCCAAAUCCUGUAGACUUUAGACAGCUAAAAUAAAGAUUUAAAAAAAAAAAAAUGUAACGGUCAUUCUAUGGAGCAUUCAUUUACUAUGAUUUUUAUUUGUGCACGUGUUUAUUUGCUCCCCAUUUGGAGCUUAAAGGACCACUAUAGUGCCCUGAAGGUGCCCCCACCCUCAGGGUCCCCCUCCCGCCGGGCUGGUUGGAGAGGAAGGGGUUAAAUCUUACCUUUUUUCCAGCGACGGAAACUCUCCCCCUCCUUUCCCUGUCAUCGGCUGAAUGCGCAUGCACGGCAAGAGCCGCGCGCGCAUUCAGCCAGUCUCAUAGGAAAGCAUUCUCAAUGCUUUGCUAUGGACGCUGGCGUCUUCUCACUGUGAAAAUCACAGUGAGGAGCACGGAAGCGCCUCUAGCGACUGUCAAUGAGACAGCCACUAGAGGCUGGAUUAACCCAUAGGUAAACAUAGCAGUUUCUCUGAAACUGCUAUGUUUACAGCAGAAAGGGUUAAUCCUAGGUGGACCUGGCACCCAGACCACUUCAUUAAGCUGAGGUGGUCUGGGUGCCUAUAGUGGUAUAGACUCACUGUGCUGUGGAAUCUUGGAUGAAAGUAUAUAGUACUUCCAAUGUAUUUGUUUUCUGUUACACUACAGUGUAGCAGUAGUUAAAAGAACCUAUCCUUCCUAUCCGCCCACGCUCCUCCCCCGCCAACAUCAGGGAAGAACCAAUGCGCAUGCGCAGCAAUGACAACACGCAUGCAUUAGACCUCCCCAUAGGAAAGCAUUAUUCAGUAGCCACAGAGGGCUGAUUUAGAGCUGCAAUGUAAACGUAGUUUCUCUGGAACGAAGUGCAAAAGGGUCACAGCACCCAGACCACUUCAAUUAUCUGAAGGGGUCUGGGUGCCUACAGUGUCCCUUUUAAGUGUAAAGAUUGUAUUCUCUUUCCUUUUUCUAAAUAGGGCAGAUUUGAAUAGUAAUUUAAAAUUUUAUAAAUUAUACUGGUUACAACAGCCCCUUAUUGCCAAUCAGACAACCAGUCCUAUUACUUCCUGGUUGUUUAGCUCAGUGGAGCUAAACUCAGGAGGCAGUAACAGAGCACCUUUCUUGCAAAGACUUCUCAUUGAGUUGCAUUGGAAAGCCUGUGAUUGGACAGCCACAGAAAGUCUGGGAGGGGUUAAAAGGAGAGGGCUUGCAAAGGCUGCAGACAUGAGAUCUGCAGCUUCUGCAUACUAUGUUUAGAUAUAUCCCUAAUGAAAAUAAUGCAUAAUACAUGCAUUCUUGUUUUCAUUGGGGUAUAUCUACAUUACAUUACUAAAUAGUGGGGUUUUUGUUUAUUUUUAUUUGGGAAGUGGAAAGUCCCUUUUAACUUUAAAUGGUAGCUAAAGAUCAUCUAUGCUUUCUCAAAUUGAUGUGAUCUUGGUGCAUACAGCUGCCUUUUCCCAAAUGAUGCACAUGACUUCACACACUGCAUGACACUAACAUCACUUGGAACAAACAGCUGUGUAAACUAUUUUUAUCCAAUUCUGGUUGCUGUCUUUUUGUAGUUGUUUGACUAGAGAAGCAUUUCCCAAUUGGUGUAGGGUUCCCCGAGAACAAAAUUGGGGUUCCGCAGCGAUUUGUUCAUCAGGUGGAUUAAGCAUUUAGGGACAGUCGAUGGGUAUCGCUAAAGAGGGGUCCGGUCAGGUGCCACAGUCGUCUAAGAUUGCGACCAGACUCAUGUUGUAUGAGAUGCUGGGAGGAAGUGACAGCACUUCCUACCAGACAGAUCGCAGGGAGGGAAAGAGGGAGCAGUAGGGACUGUUUGUGUGUGUGUGUGUGUGUGUGUAUGUAUCUGUCAAUGUGUUCAUCUGUGUCAGUGUGAAUGUGUGUAUCAUUGUGCCUGUGUGUGUGUGUGUGUGUGUAUGUGUAUCUGUGUGUCAAGGUGUGUGUACCUGUAUGUGUGUGCCGGUGUGUUUUUGAUAAUAUGUAUGUAUAUGUGUAAGUAAAUGUCUAAGUAUAUAUGUGGCAGUACAUGUACAGACAUCUCAGCAAUGAAACACCUACACAACACACACUCCUGCAAACACAAACAUGACAUACCAAGGCACCCCUGAACUCUAACUCUAAAAUUAUAUAUAAACACCAAUACUACACACAAAUGUACACCUGCAUUUAUAGGACCACUAUAGGCACCCAGACCACUUCAGCUCAAUAAAGUCUGGGUGCCAGGUCCAUCUAGGAUUAACCCUACAGUUGUAAACUGCUAUGUUUACACUAGGGUUAAUUCAGCCUCUAGUGGCUGUCUCACGGACAGCCGCUAGAGGCGCAUUUGCGCUUCUCACUGUGAAAAUCACAGUGAGAAGAUGCUGACGUCCAUAGAAAAGCAUUGAGAAAUGCUUUCCUAUGGAAUGAUUGAAUGCGCGCGUGGCUCUUGCCAUGUAUGCGCAUUCAGAGCUGACGUCGGAAGAGGGAGGAGAGUUCCCCUUCAGCCCCCUUGAGCCCAGCGGGAGUGGGACCCUGAGGGUGGGGGGGACCUAGAGACCCUAUAGUGCCAGGAAAACGAGUUUGUUUUCCUGGCACUAUAGUGGUCCUUUAAAAAUACAACACUGCAUCCAAACACAUCUCUGCACGCAAAUGCAAACAUUAAAUACAAACACAUCCCUGUAUUAAAACUCUAAAAUGAUAUACAAACACCAACUCUACACACAGAAGUACUACGAUCUGUAGAAAUUUGUAUAUAUAUUGCAGAAAAACUUAAUUUGCUGAAAAAGAAAACAUUAUGCUCUACUAAUUGAAAGGUUUACACUAUGGCACAAGGGGGGGGGUCCAUGAUGUUGAUACACUAUGGCACAAAGGGGGGGGUUCCAUAAUGUUGAUACACUAUGUCAAAGGGCUUAAAUUAAUUGUGAACCCCUGGUCUAGAGUAAUUCUUCCAAUUCCUAAAUAGAUCCUCUUAGUGUCAGAAUCACUACACCUUAAUUUAGUGGUUUAGGUAAAAUACUGUCUCAGCAGUGUAAACGCUGCCUUUUUGUAUCAGGCAGAUAGCCUCUAAAGGUACUUCCUAUUCUGAUCCUGCAGUCUAUGUGGGACCGACUUUCCUCACAGAGAUGCAGAGGAUAAUGCAUCUCUAUGAGGAAAUGCUGAGUGCUACCCUAUGGGGGAAUUAAUAUUAAUCUCAGCCUGGGGAGGAGCAGCAGCUGCAGCGAGACUUGCGCAGUAUGGGUUUGAAGGUAAAUAAAUUACAAUUCUCCUUUAAAAGUUAGUCAAUCGGUAGCAACCUUAUAUUGUUUUCUGUGGUGAUUGCUCAAUGUUCUGCAGUUUCUCCAGAACUGAAUUUACUGAUCUGCUCCAGCAAAACAAUUGCUUGAUACCCCUCCUGUAACAUCACUCCAUUUUGGGUGGCAUGGAGGGGGGGGGGGCUGUGCCACCAUUGGUCAUCUGUUGCCAGCAUUCUCUGUAUGCUGACAAGGCAUCCAGUAUGCACAGAAUAGACGUUCGACUUGCCAGAACUCUGGCUAAUGACACUGCCUGUGGGGGAGUUUCUCUUCUGUUAAAAAAGGGUUGAUCUCUGUAUCUGCAGCAUUUCGUUGUGAAGUUCUGUACAUACAGACACAAAGCACCAUAACCACUUCAAAUCACAAAAGUUGUCAUGGUGUUUGGAGCAACCAAUAACCUGACCUUAUUGUGACCUUAAUGGCCGUAAUUACCAGUAAUGCUUUCUUUAUGGUCACAUUUAAACAUAUACGUCUGUUUCUUUGGUUUAGUUUGAAACAGUUCGAGUAAUGUGUGUAACUGUGUGUUUCAACAUGCGCUUCCAGUCUUUCUGGAAAACACUAUUCUCUAUUCUUUUUGCUCCUAAUAACCCAGGUCCAAGUAUCGUAUGAAAUUACUGUUUUUCUUAAUCAUUUAACAUUUAUCCUUAACAAACUCUUGCAGAUACAAUAUGUUUGGACAUUUUAAAUUCUGUAUCACUCUAAUAGGAGGAUACAUUUUAUUUAAGGACCCGUUGUCUCUAAACCAGGCCCUCGGAAUAUUUUGUACCGUGUUUGGCAUUUUAGCAUAUACCCGAAUCAAAUUCAGUGAGCAGGAAGUGAAUAAAAGCAAGUUAGUCCAGCGACCAUAAGACUCUACAGUACCCUUGGAAAAACUACAUUGUAUACAAGAGAUCUAUUUUUUUUAAGGAUCCAUAUACGUUUUAUUUGUUACUACUUUGGGAAAGUAAAUUUGUAUAACAUUUCAAUGCGUCCUUGGACACAGGACACUGCACAGGCCUUCAUUCUGUGCCAAAACACACAUCACCACAACACUGCAAAUACAAAAGCAGAUUCGCUUUGUGUUAAUCUAUAAUCGGCUGUUUUUUAUUUUUGGAACAUUAUGGACACUUUAUAAAUAUCUUUGCUUGGAUAUAACAAACAAAUCAGUUAUAAAAAACCAAAAUAUAAUAUUCUUUGGUGAUGCAGAGUGAAAUAGAAGAAUUUUACAUCAUUAUUCCUUUUACAACAAUAAUUUUGUAUCUAUAUUCUAAAAUAUGUAGAUGUGCAAUGCAUGUCGGAGUAUAAUUUUAUUUUUGCGGUUUGUGUUUUUGUUAUCAUGAAAAUAAAAUGUAAUUAGAUUUGUUUGUA